UUGCGUUGCGUGGUGACGUUGACACGUUGUGUACGACUGUUGUUGUUGAAGAGCAAUGGCGGCGCACCGGGGAUCAUCGAGUAAGUGGUUUUUCUCCCGGGAGCAGCUGGAGGCGACGCCGUCGCGCCGGUGCGGAGUGGAGCCCGACAGAGAGCUCUCCUACCGGCAACAAGCCGCCAACCUCAUCCAGGACAUGGGACAGAGGCUGAAUGUCUCACAACUGACGAUAAAUACCGCAAUUGUUUACAUGCACAGGUUUUAUAUGUACCACUCAUUCACCAAGUUCCACAGAAAUAUCAUCUCUCCCACCACGUUAUUCUUGGCGGCAAAAGUCGAGGAGCAGCCGCGAAAACUUGAACACGUCAUUAAAGUGGCACACGCCUGUUUAAACCCUCAAGAGGCUCCAUUAGAUACAAAGAGUAAUGCGUACCUCCAGCAAGCUCAAGAGCUGGUGAUACUUGAAACCAUAGUGCUGCAGACUUUAGGGUUUGAAAUAACUAUUGAGCAUCCUCAUACUGAUGUUGUGAAAUGUUCCCAACUAGUGCGAGCAAGCAAGGAUCUGGCACAGACUUCCUAUUUCAUGGCUACCAACAGCCUCCAUCUCACCACGUUCUGCCUGCAGUACAGGCCCACAGUCAUUGCUUGUGUGUGCAUUCACCUAGCCUGCAAGUGGUCUAACUGGGAGAUCCCUGUGUCUACUGAUGGCAAACACUGGUGGGAGUAUGUGGACAGUUCAGUCACACUUGAGCUACUAGAUGAAUUGACACACGAGUUUCUUCAGAUUUUGGAGAAGACUCCCAGUAAGUUAAAGAGGAUUCGAAACUGGAGGGCAACACAAGCUGCCAAGAAACCUAAAACAGACGGACCAUCAUCAGAGAGCAGCUCUUUUCCCGGCCCCUCGUUAGGCCAGGACCAGUCGAUGGUAGACGCCAUUUCCGGAGUUUCUGCAAACGCAACCUUUUCCAAACCUUCUACGUCAUUUCCUAUUUCCCUGCCAGGCAGUGGCCUUUCAUUGGACCAUAUUGCCAGCACUGUGCAAGGCACCUCGUACACUUUCACAGCCCCCAGUGACUGGCCUCAAGACCAAGCACGCUCGGACUCAUACCUUCUCAAACAGCUUCCUCUGCACCCGCACCGGCCUGACAAAAGUGCAGAGUUUACCACUGUCAAACAUGAACACAAGGCCAACAAACACCAGUCUUCUGUGUACCCGCCUCCGCCCACGUCUCAGCCGCAGAAAAUGUCCCUGGAGAAGUACAAGGAGAAGCAUGCGGCCGAAUUAGCAGCACAGAAACGCAGGCAAGAGCAGCCGAGCACGGAAUCUGAGGCCAGAGAUUCAUAUGGGAGCUCCAGCCAGGUCGAGCACCGAAAGCCGCAACAGCCUUAUGCUCACGGGCAGCAGGGCUCGAGCAGCAGCAGCACCUCUACCAGCUCGCCGCUAAAGAUGAAACUGCCCUUAACAGGCCAGGAAAAAGUCCAAGGGGACAAACGGGAGAAGGGAAGCUCACUAAAGGUCCGCCUUCCAGUCCAGGCUGAGAAAAGUGGAGCAAGUAAGGAGGAGCUGAAGAUGAAGAUCAAGGUUUCCUCAGAGCGCCACAGCUCUUCAGAUGAAGGUGCAAGCAAAAGCAAACAUUCCAGUCCACUGGUGAGCAAGGAAAAGCAUCGGCACCACCAUAAGCAUGGCCACUCAAACCCACACUCGCACAGCGGCGGUGGCUCGACCCUCAGGAGCCCCAUGGCCCUCGGUGGCGAGGGAGCCGGCACGGCCCCGGGCUCGAGCUCUUCCCGUAAGAGGACACACGCCGAUGGCAGCCAUAAUCACCACUCAAAAAAGAGCAAAAGCUCCAAGCCAGCUGCAGCAGGUGGGCUUCGGCCGUCUCAGCACGCUGGUGAAAGUGGACAAGGAGUCAGCGGAGAGCCGUGGUCCUGAGCGCACUAACGGCCCACGUGCACACUACAAGGACUCGUUCAACAUGCUUGAAUCGCUGUUAAGUGCCCACGGAAUGAACUUAUGAGCCUGUAGAGAAGGAAAUCAAGGUUCAUCCUUGAGAGAAAAUAAAAAUAUAAAUGUGAGAGCAAGAUUAAGAGUAAAAAAAAUAUAUACUUCCUGAUCUUGUGAUUUUUCUUCGCAGUUCGGUUGCGUGCUGCCUUUUUCCGUAUGUGUAAUGGCUGCUUUGUGUUCCAUAUUUCCAAGUGUGUGUGUGUGUGUUAUGGGGCCAUCUUGGUGCAAAUAAGUUUCUCCACAGGAUGAAAUUAAGAAUGCUGUAAGGCAAGAAGGGUGCAAUUUUUCUCCCCACAUUAUAAUUUAAAUAAUACUAACUGUAAGACACUGAAGAAAUCCUGCCCCCUCAUGACCUGACACACGUCCCUGAAUUUGUUUGGAUGUGGUCAUUUAGUGAGGCGUUAAAGUGAGUGAUUUUUAAGUUGCGUAGUUGUAAACACGCUACCUUUUGUGUUUUCGUUUUAAUACCUUGUAUGUAUGAUGUGCAUGUUUCAGCCGUCAAAAGGAUGAAGUAGAACGCUGUUUACAGGGAGUGGAGAUAAAUGUACAUACGUUUUUGUAUGUUUAAAAAAAAAAAAAAAAAGCUAUACUAUAAAUACUCAGGUUUGGCGCUGCUUGUAUUACUAUAUUUUGACCUGACAUGAGAAUUGCUAGGAGAAUCAGACCUUACUGAUUCUAACUGCAGCAUUUCAGUGACAUGAGAGCUGGUAUUGUGCAUGGCUGUCAGAAGAGGGCACAGUUCAACACCAUGCUAGGAAAUCCACCAAUCAUCCGGCAUGAUGUCUGAGGCUGUGCAGUUUGUAAUUAAUACUAAUUAUUUUUUGUGACCUCCAACAUGAACUUAAGCUGGAUGCCAAAGGCUGUGCCUCAAAAAAGGAGAAAUAAAUAUCAAAUAAGGACAAGUAUAGUACUAUGAAGUUUACAUAACCUUUGCUGUGAAGUGCAUUUAAAAUUUUCUUGGCUUGACUCUGUAGCCUACUUGUACAAAGCUGUAAAUCAAUAACAGAUAUGUUUGAAUAAUUAAUGUUGGAUAAGAGGUGACCAGACCUGUUCUAUCAGUGUUAAGUCUUUCAGUGGUCUGUUUCUUCCAUAAAUCUUUUUUUUUUCUUCUUUUUUUUUUUUUCCUCCUCUCUUGUACAUGCAUUCAGAUUUUUCCUGUGUGCAGCAAUUUACAUUUAGACACAGAAAUACAGACGUUUGAGCAAGGCAAGUGCAAAUCUUCACAUCUAGAUUGUUUUGUUCCCCUCCUCAUUUCAUUUAGACUCUAACAAUAAAUCACAUGGUUUCCACUACGUUAA